UCCCGCCUGCGCAUUAGACCUCCGAAUGCUUGUGAAUUCUGACUUUGCAAAAUCAGUUGUUUUUGUUUGGUGUUCUUUUGUAAAUAUCUGACAAUAAUAGCGUUGUUUUAAACCCUCAAGAGACGAAAUACCUCGAAGAAUAAUUCAAAUACAAGAAUUUUACAGGAAACAAAAUGAGUGAAAUUGGUGAAGAAAAGUCCCAAGAGCGGAUAUAUGGGGGCUGCGAGGGCCCGGAUGCCAUGUAUGUAAAGUUGAUUUCAUCAGAUGGUCAUGAAUUUAUUGUAAAACGCGAGCACGCUUUAACGUCGGGCACUAUCAAGGCAAUGUUGAGUGGCCCUGGCCAAUUCGCAGAAAAUGAAGCCAAUGAAGUUAACUUUAGGGAAAUUCCGUCUCAUGUACUUCAGAAGGUCUGUAUGUACUUCACUUACAAAGUUCGCUACACUAACAGUUCAACUGAGAUUCCUGAGUUCCCAAUUGCUCCAGAAAUAGCGUUGGAAUUGCUGAUGGCAGCGAACUUCCUUGACUGCUAAAUUGUGCGUUAAACCAGUCUAAGAUAUGCAUGAAGGUUUCUCUUUAGUUAACUUAUUUUUAAGUUGUUAAUAAUAAAAUCUCUUUUUGUGAUCUUAGGUGAAUUAAUAAAUAAGACUAAAGUAUA